AUCGGAGAAUAAAAAAGAAUGUCUUCGAAAGACAAGAAACCAGCGAGACCAUCGACUAGUCGUGGUGGAAUCCGAACUCUUUCCGAUCUUAAUCGUAGGUCUGGUCCAGAUUCCGACAGUGAUUCCGAUGGACCUCAAGAAUACUACACCGGCGGUGAAAAAAGUGGUAUGCUUGUUCAAGAUCCAUCGAAAAAAGAUGAUGUUGAUGAGAUAUUUAAUCAAGCUAGACAAUUAGGAGCUGUGGAAGGACCUCUUGAGCCUCCUUCGAGUUCGAGGAGUUUCACUGGAACUGGGAGAUCGCUUUCUGGUGAAAAUAUGUCUACUGGUCUUCAACAGCCUGAGCCUGUAGUUCACAACAUUGUUUUCUGGUCUAAUGGAUUCACUAUAGAUGAUGGUCCUUUGAGGAAAUUGGAUGAUCCUGAGAAUGCAUCGUUUCUCGAGAGCAUUCGAAAGUCUGAGUGCCCGAAAGAGCUUGAGCCUGCGGAUAAAAGAGCCCCGGUUCAUGUCAAUCUGAUGCGAAGGGAAGAGAAAUGUCCUGAAAGACAGAAGCGUAGGGUUUCAUUUCAAGGUGUUGGAAGAACUCUAGGUGGUAGCAAUGACGGCAGCGGAAGUAGCUCACCUGUGGCUCCAGACUCCGCUGCCAUUCCCAUCCAAACCAACCAAACCGUACCAGCCCCACCUCCAAGUCUUGUAAUAGAUGAAACUAUUCCAAUCACAUCGAUACAGCUUAGAUUAGCGGAUGGGACACGUCUGGUGGGUAAGUUCAAUCACCAUCACACGGUCAACGACAUUCGCGGUUUUAUUGACUCCUCUCGACCUGGAGCUCCGGUGAACUACCAGCUGCAGACAAUGGGAUUCCCACCUAAGCCUUUGACUGAUCUCACUCAGACCAUUGAAGAAGCUGGUCUCGCCAACUCUGUUGUUCUUCAGAAAUUCUAGAAAAUUCGACAAGCAUAAAUGAGGGUCUCUCAUAUGAGAAGAAAAGACUUGUGGUAUAGUUUUUCGUAAUUUAUCGAAAUUAUAUAAUGAACAACUGUUAUAUAUUAGUUUGGUAAGAGUCUAAUCAAGUGUUAUCAUAUGUAUGUAUAUCAUUGUUCCUCGGAAGAGUAUUAAUAAAGAGUGUUAUAAGCU